GGCGCGGUAUAAUAAGUGGAGUAAGGGAGAAUCCCAAGUCUGCUCCCACGACACCAUAUAUUCAUGUUCUGGUCGUUUUCGUCUGCGCCCUAACCAAAUUGGAUUCCAAUUCGACCCUAAUUCUCUGUUCAAUAUCCCUAACCAAUCCAAUCUCUUAAAACCCUAAUUUGAUCACCGAAGAAGAAGAAGAAGAAGAAGAUCGAUGUGGGCAGCUACGUGCCUAGCGUCAUGCUGCGCGUCGUGCGCAUGCGACGCUUGCAGGACCGUCGUUUCGGGAAUCAGCCGUCGUUCUGCCAGAAUCGCUUACUGUGGCCUCUUCGCCUUCUCCCUCGUCGUCGCUUGGAUUCUCCGCGAGGUUGCUGCUCCUCUCAUGGAAUCUAUUCCCUGGAUCAAUCACUUCAAACAUACUCCUAGCCGAGAAUGGUUUGAAACUGAUGCAGUUCUGCGGGUUAGCUUGGGAAAUUUUUUGUUUUUCACUAUUCUGGCAAUUCUAAUGGUUGGUGUGAAAACCCAGAAGGAUCCUCGGGAUAAUUUGCACCAUGGAGGUUGGAUGAUGAAAAUUGUCUGUUGGUUCCUUCUUGUAAUCUUUAUGUUUUUCCUUCCGAACGACAUCAUCAGCUUUUAUGAAACAAUGUCAAAGUUUGGCUCGGGUAUGUUUCUUCUUGUUCAAGUUGUGCUCUUGUUGGAUUUUGUUCAUGGAUGGAAUGACAAAUGGGUUGGGUUUGAUGAGCAAUUCUGGUAUGUUGCUCUAUUUGUUGUUUCACUUGUUUGUUAUGUGGCAAACUUUGCAUUCUCGGGAGUUCUCUUUCACUUCUUCACUCCAUCUGGACAAGACUGUGGAAUCAAUGUUUUCUUUAUUACUAUGACCCUGAUUCUCGCAUUUGUUUUUGCCAUAGUUGCUUUGCAUCCUGCAGUAAAUGGAAGCAUUUUACCCGCUUCAGUAAUAUCAUUAUACUGCACUUAUCUCUGCUAUAGUGCACUGGCUAGUGAACCAAGAGAUUAUGAGUGCAAUGGUCUUCACAAACACUCAAAAGCUGUUUCCACUGGCACCCUUACUUUGGGUUUAUUUACAACUGUUCUAUCUGUUGUUUAUUCUGCUGUACGUGCUGGCUCUUCUGCUGCAGUCCUUUCCCCACCAAGUUCCCCCCGUUCUGGUAAGCCUUUGCUUCCAUUGGAUGGAAAGGAGGAAGAAGAGAGAGAGAAAUCAAAGCCAGUUACAUAUUCGUAUGCUUUCUUCCACUUGAUUUUCUCUCUUGCUAGCAUGUAUUCCGCCAUGCUUCUGACAGGUUGGUCAACCUCUGUUGGAGAGAGUGGAAAGUUGGUUGACGUGGGGUGGCCUUCUGUGUGGGUCCGGAUUAUCACUUGCUGGGCAACUGCUCUGCUCUACCUAUGGUCUCUCGUAGCUCCUGUCCUGUUCCCAGAAAGGGAGUUCUGAUGAUACUGUUCCUCAUUUCAAGGUUACAAGGGAAAAUGUGUGUAUCCUAACUACUAUAUAGUCGAGUUGUGUUGCUUUUAACGCUAUGCAUCUCUAUCAACAUACAUUGGAAAUGGAAUAAAGUGUUUGCUAUGUAUGACAUUCCAACUGGUAUGUUUUUAA